AUGAGGGAGUUGGUACAUCUGAAACAGCAUGGUACUGUUGAGCAAUACCAAGAUGCGUUUGUGGGUCUAUUGAAUCAGCUACAUCUUCCUGAGUCCUAUGCCCUUAGUAUUUUUCUUAGUAACCUGAAGGUGGAAAUCGGCUACUACCUAGAUUUGUUUGAACCAUCUACUUUGAUUGAAGCAUUUCAGUUGACUAGGAAAAUUGAAGUCCUGCUGUCUUAUUCAACCAAAGGAUAUGGGGUAACAACAUCAGGGAAUAGUUCACCUAGAGUGCUAUCUAACGCUUCUGUCACUUCUAGAUAUUCUUCUUCUCCCACAAGGGCUAUCUCAGCAGGGCACAAAUGCACGAAAUCUCAAUUGUAUCAAUUGUUGCUGAAACCUUUUUCUGAUAGUGAGGCAGAGGAUUUUCAUGACUGCUCUGAAAAAUUAGAGGAAAGCGUGACUGAAGAAGAGCACCCCAAGUCUCAUAUGAUCUCGUUGCAUGCCCUUACUGGUCUACAAGGGCAUAAUACCAUGAGGGUGGUUGCUCGAGUAGGGUCAUGUUUGGCUAUUAUUUUCGUGGAUUCAGGGAGUAUGCAUAACUUUAUCGACACAAGACUGGUUAAUAGGUUACUACUACCAGUGGUGAACCAAGAGCAGUUGAAGGUAUUGGUAGCAAAUGGAAGUUGUUUGUUCACUAAAGGAAUGUGCAAAGGAGUUUCGUGGGAGGUACAAAAUUACAGGUUUGAGACAGACUUUAUGGCCUUACCGGUGAAGGGCUGUGACAUGGUGUUGGGAGUACAAUCAAGAGGAAGCAGUGAGCAGAAUCCAAAGUGUUUUGUGACUAUAGAGGAGUCGGUGGGGCCUUAUACAGUUGCACUGAGUUCUCCCAACCAACUAAAACUUAGUACCAAGGAAGUCAAUGACUCUAAUGAUCGACUUCAGAAGCUGUUGGUAGAAUUCGAUGACAUCUUCCAGGUUCUAAGAGGGCUACCACCACAUAGGUUACAAGACCACAGAAUACCUUUGAAGGAUGAAGGGGUAGUGGUCAAGAUGCGACCCUAUCGAUAUCCAUCUAUACAAAAGAAUGAAAUGGAGAAGCUUAUCCAGGAAAUGCUUCAAGCUAGGAUAAUUCAAGACAGUACUAGUACAUUUGCCUCUCCUAUAGUAAUGGUCAAAAAGAAAGACGGCAAUUGGAGAUUAUGCAUGGAUUAUAGACAAUUAAACCAACAUACAAUUAAGGAUAAGUUCCUUAUUCCUAUCAUUGAGGAGUUGCUGGAUGAGCUAGGUGAAGCUAGAGUAUUUUCCAAACUUGAUUUGAGGUUCGGAUAUCAUCAAACCCGCAUGUGGGAACCCGAUGUGCCCAAAAUCAUAUUUUGGACGCAGGAGGGGCAUUAUGAGUUUCUCGUGAUGCCCUUUGGCCUCACUAAUACCCCCUCUAGUUUUCAGGCUCUCAUGAACUUGACUUCUAGCCAAUGUUGA